CACAGGAUUAACAGUGCCAAAAUGUUUCAAUCAAAAGCGAUCAUUCUUAGCAGUGCCAUUUUAGUUUUAUGCGGCGCAGCAGCAAUUUUUGAUAAAAUAAAUAAAAAAUGUGACUUCGGUGACGAUGAAUGUUUGCAAGGUUUGUAUUUUGGUUUACUAGCAGAAGCAACAAAUAAUGGCAUUUCAGAACUAGGCGUGCCCAAAUUGGAACCAUAUGAAUUGAAAAAUCAACAGUUGCCCAUCCUCGGAAUGAUAAAUAUUAUUAUACCUCAUGGAACAGUCAAUGGAUUUAAGAAUUGCGUUGGAAGUAAUUUUCACAAUGACGUAGAAUCUCUACGUCUCAAAGUGACACUUAUUUGUGAAAACUUCGCCAUCAAUGGAAAGUAUAAGAUUGAAGUGACUCCAGUACUCAAAGCUCUUAUUGGAACUAUCGAUAUCCAUGGAGACGGACAAUGCUCGGUUGCAGUUGAUAAAGUGAAAUUAGACCUUGAAAUUGCCUACGAAGUAAAGAAAAACGAGAAUGGUGACAUUCGUUUUGCAUUGAAACCAGAAGACACCACGUAUGAGUUUGAAUUUUUAGAAAAAGUAACGUUUGGAGCUGAUAACGUAUUCAUUGGAUCACAAGAUAUUAGUACCGUGAUGACCAACGUCCUAAAUGAAAACUGGGAAUUCAUCGCAAAGAACUUUGCAAGACCCGUCAUCGAUUUGGCUAUGACAAUUUUCAGUAGUAAUGCUCAAAAGGUACUUGAUGCGUUACCGGUCAAGGACUUGUACAAUACUGAUUUAACACCUUACGUUAAGAACUCAGACUAGAAACAGAAAGUAUUUUCUAAUCAAUAUGUAUACCUACCUAUUUACAAAUGACAGAUAAAUCUGCUCGGUACCUAUUGCAUUUUAUAAGCUUUUUUCAAGUGGGGAUAACUUUAAUGUUUAAGCACUUUUCAUAUCCUUUCUAGAGUGAAAAAAGUUUCGAUGUUGGGUAGCUGCUUUACUUGGCUGUUGGCACUUCUAAACCCCUUAUUUUUUAAUCAAACCUAUUACAAAAUAAUAUUCAAAACGUACAUAUAGUAAACGUAGUAGUUUUAUAAUCUUAUGAAUUAGACCUUAAACUUAUUAGAGGUAUACUCGUAUAUUACUUAUCAUAUAUACUUUUUAUUGUUUUUGGUACCAACCAAUAAUAUUAUUAGUUCAAUUUGAAUUAUAAUAUCAUUUUGCCG